ACGGAGGGAGAAUGGGUUCUGCUAGACCCUGCUCAGAGAGCCCUCUACAGGGAGGUCAUGCAGGAGAACUAUGCCACUGUGGCCUCACUGGGUCUGGGGGAGCUACAUGUUUGACCCCCUCCGAAGUCUGCUUGAGGAAUGCCCUCUCAGGUACCAGGCCUCCAACCAUCACCUCUCUGUGGGCAGGGACAUAGGUGCCUCUGCAUGUUGAUCAAGGUUUAAGGCUUGCAGUCCCUUCGCCUUUCAUUGUGUUCACUGGCCUAAAGUCCAGCCCCUGAGCUUUGCUUCUCUCCAAGGGCUGUGACCAAUGUGUGUGUGAUGGAUGUGGGAAUUUUGGUAAUAUUUCUGUUACUCCAAUACAUGCCUCAGCUGCCCUCUGUAUUUGGGGUUGCUCUGCUCUGAGUGUGAAGAGCUGUCAUAGGGUGAUACGAAUGGCUCAUUAUGGGGCUGACUGGGACUAACUCAUAUCAAUGGAAGUCCUUACAGAGUCCACAGUAACCCCCAGGACUGAACAAUUGACACCUAUCAAUGAGAGGCUCCCAGCUUGUCUAGGUGGAGCACAUGUGAAUUCAAUGUGUUUUGAGGAGCAGGAAGAACUGGGCUCCCAGAGACAGGGAACUUUCCUGGAAAUAAGACUAAGGGAUAGAUACAGGGAAAGGACACUAAAUGGGUUCCUACAGCAGCCUGGCUCAAGGCCUUUGGCCAGUAUGGAUUAUGUCUUAACCUUUACUUCUCUGUGCUAACCUAAGGAUUUGCCUCUGCUGUGUUCCAGUUGGCUAAUAAACCCUACCGUUUUUGAGAAGGCUGCCGGGUGUCACUGCAGAUACUUGCUGGGUGCAUUAAUCCCUGAAGAGUCUAACAGUCUCUGACCAGGAGUCUAUCUCAGCUGGACUUGCUGGGCACAGCUCAUGGUGUGAGGCAGGAGAGCUGGAGUCCAGAGGCUCAGUCUUGAAGGCAUUGAGGCUGCAUGGCCUACCCUGAGGGAAGAGUGGGACCCCUUGGGGAUUUGGCACAGUGAAGAGGUUCCUCUAGGGACUGUUUAAAAGCUGGGGCAUAGGACAGAGUGUGAGGAUCCAUGACGGUGGCAGCUGGUGGGAUUCUGAAUGCAACAGGAGGAUUUUGCAAGAAGUGACUUGCAGCAAUAAAAACAAGAUUAGUCAAAGGAAACAGCAAGAAAAUGGUGUAUAACCACCUCCCUGAGAAGAGCAUCACAGAGCUGAGCAGUUGGAGAGAGUUCAGCUUUGGAAAGUUACACAAAGCUCAGCCGACUGCAUGGCUGGAGAAGGAUGAUCGGAUCAAGAAUUAGGGUCCAAAGCCAGGUGGGAUUUUGAGAGAGUCCCAGGGCCACAGAGGCACUUGCAGCAGCAGCCGGGGGGGAGGGCAUCCUGAUGAUCUGGUUCCCCCUUUGCUAGAGUUGAAGCAUUGGGAGUUGGAGCAGAAAGCAAAAGAGCUUCAGAUGGAGGAACAGAGACAAGCAGACUGAAAGGCAGCAAGGUAAUCGAGAGAAAAGGGUAAACAGGAGGAGAAGCAGAGGAAAAACCAGGAAGAGCAGCGAUAGCAUGGAGUGGGGUUUCCAGUUUCCAAACCUGAUGUGAUCUCCCGGCUGGAACAUGGGGAAGAGCCGUGGGUCCCAGAUAUCCAGGGCUCUGGGGAAAGAGAGCUCCAGAAAGGUGCCCAGACUGGUGAUCGGAUGGUGAGUGAGAACGAGGAGCAGAAUCCACCGCAGGAACUGGAACCACAUGGGACAUUAGGAGGAAUGUCCAGAGAGAAAGUUUCUGGGAGCUGUGGAGAGGCAAAAGCCUGCAAUGGGAUGGUGAGUGAAAACAAGAAGACGACUCCCCACCAGGAUGAUGCUGAGCCGGUAGAACCAUACGGGACAUUAGCAGGAAGAUCCAAACGGAAAAUUUCUUGGAGUUGUGCAGAGGCUAAAGCCUAUGAGAGUCAGCAAAGGCCAGAGAAAACCUUCAGUAGUGGCUCAGACCUUAUUACACAUGAAAGAAUCAACACAGGAAAGAGACCCCACUCGUGCUCUGAGUGCGGAAAACACUUCACUCGGCGCUCAGACCUUAUUACACAUCAGAGAAUCCACACAGGAGAGCGACCUUACACAUGCUCUGAGUGUGGGAAAAGCUUCAAUCGAAGCUCAAACCUUAUCAUACAUGAGAGAAUCCACACAGGAGAGCGACCCUACAAGUGUUUUGAGUGCGGGAAAAGCUUCAGUGAGAGCUCACACCUUAUCAGGCAUCAGAGAAUCCACACAGGCGAGCGACCCUACAAGUGUACUGAGUGUGGGAAAAGCUUCAAUGUGACUUCACAUCUCAUCAGACAUCAGCGAAUCCACACAGGAGGGGGAUCCUUGACAUGCCCUGACUGCGGGAAAAGUUACAAAGACAGCUCAUACUUCAUCAGACAUCGGAGAGUCCACACGGGAGAGACAUCUUACAAGUGCUCUGCGUGUGGGAAAAGCUUCAUCAAGCGUUCACACCUUAUCACACAUCAGAGAAUCCACACAGGAGAGAGAUCCUACAGAUGCCCUGAGUGCGGGAAAAGCUUCAAAGUCAGUGCAUACCUCAUCAGACAUCGGAGAGUCCACACUGGAGAGAGACCCUACAGAUGCCUUGAGUGCAGGAAAAGCUUUAGUUGGAGCUCAAGUUUUAUCCGACAUAAGAGAAUCCACACAGGUGAUGGGAUGGUGAGUGAGAACAAGAAGAAGACUCCCAAGAAGGAAGAUGCUGAGCAAGUAAAGCCACAUGGGAAGUUAGCAGGAAGAUCCAAAGGGAAAGUUUCUUUGAGUCGUGCAGAGGCAAAAACCUGUGAGAGUCAGCAUGGGCCCGAGAAAAGCUUCAGUAGCUGCUCAGACCUUAUUAGCCAUGGAAAAAUCAACACAGGAGAGAGACCCUACACAUGCUCUGAGUGCGGGAAAAGCUUCAAUCAGCGCUCAAGCCUUAUCAUACAUCAGAGAAUCCACACAGGAGAGCGACCCUACUCGUGUUCUGAGUGUGGUAAAAGCUUCAAUGUGAGCUCACACCUUAUCAGACAUCGGAGAGUCCACACUGGAGAGAGACCCUACAUGUGCUCUGAGUGUGGGAAAAGCUUUCGUUGGAGCUCAGCCUUUAUCAUACAUAAGAGAAUCCACACAGGAGAGCGACCGUACACAUGCUCUGACUGUGGGAAAAGCCUCAAUGGAAGAUUACAGCUCAUUACACAUCAAAGAAUUCACACAGGAGAGCGACCCUACAUGUGUUCUGAGUGUGGGAAAAGCUUCAAUGUGAGCUCAACCCUCAUCACGCAUCAGAGAGUCCAUACAGGAGAGAGAUCCUUCACAUGCCCUGAGUGCGGGAAAAGCUUCAAACACAGGUCAAACCUGAUAGCACAUCAGAGAAUCCACACUGGAGAGAGACCCUACUCAUGCUUUGAGUGCCAUAAAAGUUUUAGUCAGAGUUCACACCUGAUAUCACAUCAGAGAAUCCACACAGGAGAACGACCCUACUCAUGCUCUGAGUGUGGGAAAAGAUUUAGUGAGAGGAAAACCCUCAUCACACAUCAGAGAAUCCACAUGGUAAAGAGACCCUUCACAUGCCCUGAGUGCAGGAAAAGUUUUAGACAGAGGUCAGCUUUUAUCAGACAUAAGAGAAUCCAUACAGGCAAGUAAUGCCAUAAAUCUCUUGACUAGAGCUGGCCAAAGAUUUUUGUAAAAUAAUUCCCAAGUAAUUUGCAGCAUUUUCUUUAAUGUGGUCUCUCAGCUCCACGUGAGUUGCCUGCCUCUGUCUUUUGCCCCUUCCCCUCUUUGGGGUGAACCCCAUCAUCCUUUAUCAACUCCUUUCCCUGAUAUCACCUGGGACUGUGUCCCCUGCCUGCCAGAAAUAUCCAUCAAUGCCAGGUGAGGGAGAUGGGGUUGACCAUGACAAGCUACACUGAGGUAAAAGCUACCUGUCCAUGUCUCCACUGGGGUUAUACAUGGAUGUAGCUGCUCAGUUUAGUGAUCUCGUAACAACACAACUACAUUUGCAGUGCAGACAUAACCUGGGUACAGUGGCUGGGGUUAGCUUUCCACUUGACCAGAGCUCACCCACAUCAUUUUUCCAAUCUAGACAAACCCGAAGGAUCUAAUUGAUACCAUUCCCCCAUUUCAAAGUGAUUGUUAGUCACCAUGUUUCCCCUUGGGGACAGAUUGUCUCAAUCCCAGUUGUUCUCACCUUGCUCAGGGUUGUGCUGGACAGCCUCUGUGACAUCCGAAGGAGAUGGGGUGAGUCAGAGAGAUUCCCUCCUUCCCCAUCACUUUCACAAUCUCCCCUCGCCCCAGCAGCAUUAGCUUCUGUGUAAAUCACAAUAGCGUUUAUUCUCCCCACGUUCUACCCCUGCACCUCCCAAAGUGUCACAUAAUGCCGUGUUCUGCAUGCUCCCUGUGCUUAGGUAUCACACUUUGAUCGUAAAUCAGACUCACUGGGGCUAGAUGUGAAAGUUUCAAUCCUGGAGGGGGAAUUUGAAUGGAUCCCAAAGACACAGUAAUCAUUCUAUGCUUCCAUCUCUUGGCAAAGCUGCUUCUGGCCUUUUUCCUGUUGAGCUGGGAUUGUUGCAGAUGGAAAGGUUGGCUGCUUUCCCCCCUUGUGAUAAAGCUAAAUCUUUACUUGUGCUACAUUCAUGACAUCUUCAUCCUAUGGACCCACGGGAAGUAGGCCCUUGAAGAAUUCCACCUGGAUUUCAACAAUUUCCAUCCCUCCAUAAACCUCAGCCUGGCCCAGUCCACACAAGAGAUCCACUUCCUGGGCACUACAGUGCAAAUAAAUGAUGGUCAUAUAAACACCACCCUGUACCGGAAACGUACUGACCACUAUUCUUAUUUACAUGCCUUCAGCUUCCAUCCAGGACACAUCACACAAUCCAUUGUCUACAGCCAAGCCCUAAGAUACAACCACAUUUACUCCAAUCCCUCAGACAGAGACAAACACCUACAAGGUCUUUAUCAAGCAUUCUUAAAACUACAAUACCCACCUGGGGAAGUGAGGAAACAGAUUGACAGAGUGAGACGGGUACCCAGAAGUCACCUACUAUAGGACAAGCCCAACAGGGAAAAUAACAGAACACCACUGCCCAUCAUGUAGAGCCCCCAGUUAAAACCUCUCCAGCACAUCAUCAGCAAUCUAAAACCUCUCCUGGAAAACAAUUCCCCACUCUCACAGACCUUGGGAGACAGGCCAGUCCUCGCUUACAGACAGCCCCCCAACCAGAAGCAAAUACUCACCAGCAACCAUAAGCGCUGACUUCUACUGGUGCCGGUGGGUGCUCAACC